CCAACCAACAUUCAAAAUCAAAGAAGAAGGGGAAAAAAAUCUGUUUCGUUGUCACUUGUGAGCACACAGGAGCAACGGGCGCACUGAAUGCCGAGUAGGCGACUUUCUAUGCAAGUUAAGGUUUGUCAACGACGACUUCAAAAGACAAUUUUUUGACGCAAUGGAUCCCGUCGGCCAAGAUGUCAACUUGAACUCCCCUAACAAGGGUCUGCCCGUGGAACAUUCCAGCAGCCUAGCAGAUUUUCCGGUGGAAGGGGCGCAGAGAGGUUUGGGCAACCCCCUCUCACCAGGCCUGACAGAGGAGGAAGCUGAGGCUCUUCAGAAUGAGCUUGCCAAGGUGGAGGAGGAGAUCAGCACCUUACGUCAGGUUCUGUCCGCCAAGGAGAGACAUGCCGCAGAACUCAAGAGGAAACUGGGCCUCAGCCCUCUCAAUGAGUUCAAACAGAAUCUCACAAAGAGUUGGCAGGAUGUGCAGACUUCCAACGUAUAUGUGUCUGCCUCCGCUACUUUGGAUGACAUUACCCACUCUGAAGCAUACAAGAAGACUCAGGAGACCCUCUCUCAGGCAGGACAGAAGACCACUGCGGCGCUCACCACCAUGAGCUCGGCAAUUAGCAGGAAACUGGGCGAUAUGAGAGUGCUUCCUUUCUCCAAUUCUUAUAGUAGCCACUAUUCCAUUCGCCACUCUAUAAGUAUGCCAGCUAUGAGGAACUCUGCAACCUUCAAGUCAUUUGAGGACAAAGUGGGCAACCUUAAGUAUAAGGUCGUGGGACCCCAAGGGGAUGAGAGCCCUGCUAAUUCCACCACCCCCACUCAGGAGAACCCGCCUUUCUGAAUGCCUCCGUUCCACCUGAGUUUUGUCAUCACCUCGUUUUGCAGCGACGCCGCUGAAGGCCAAACCACAACCAUGUUUGAGCCUUGUGUUCUGCACCUCUUCCAUCCAGUCAACCACCCUUUCCUCAAUUCUCCCGAUUCUUCUCAGCGUGAACCCAUCGUCGUAUCGCAGUGGGGAACACUCCUGCGUUGCACUUAAGCUGGUUGGUGCACUGUCCUCUCAGCAGUAUCCUGGUAACAGAGCUCUUGGCUCAAUACUUUUGUAUGAUAAACACUUUUUCACUGCUUCGCAUCAUGUUUUUACAAGACUGCAUGGAGGAAAUGAAGAAAAGUACCAAGUCUCACAAACGUGUGAGCGUGACUCGCUGAUAUGUCCAUUUCGUUUGUUGUUUAUGUUGCACACCUCUCCCGCCAAUAACCACCUUUUGCUCCAAUGUUUCUCCAUGCACCACUAUGUUGGACCGGUGCACUGGGAAUUAACUACGAACCUAAGUUGUGGCCAUUUUGCUUUUUAAGAAAUAAAAUUCUCACAAAGUAACACACACACACAAUCCGUGACACACUAAUUGUUUUUUAUGUGUGCAUUCACACAUUGAGUGAAGCUGCUUGAAGUUGUUUUCAUACAAACAACACUGGCUCGUUAAACUUGUUACACAUGCUGUCAGUUUUAAGGAAAACUGCCAUAAAAAACAUAAAAAUGCCAGAAAACGUCAAGCCAAUAUUAAAAGUGAUGUUCAUUUACUAGUACGCUCUUAACUAUAGCUACAUUUCUUGUCAAUGAGUUGCUUUUGUCACAGAUGCUCUAUUUUCACCCACAUUUGAGGGGGGGGAAAGUGCAGAAGUGUGUGCAACUUUUUGUGUUGUCAGGUGGUCAAGCUUUAUGCUGGACUUGGAGUAGAUGCUUGUUAUUGUGACUUUGGAUCACAUUGGAAAGCUAAUGGUAAAUGAGUUUUGGUUUUGUUGUGUUUGAAUAUAUCAUUAAAGCAUUCCUGUAAAUUAA